AUGGAGAAAGGAUCAGAGAUAAAGUCUUCAAUCGAAGAACUUUCGAUGCUGAUCAAACUCAAGCCUACAGGCGACAAUCAUGAUAGUACUACUGUUCAUAUACCCACAAGGCCUUUUUUAUAUCUCUGCAACCUUGUUAUUCAGGUUCUUGAUAAGAUAGGCCCAACAAUGGCAGUUUUGAGACAAGAUGUUAAUCAGAAUAUUCAGAGAUUGGAGAUGCUAUGUGAUUCUGAUCCUCCAAUGUACUCCAAUUUGGUUGAGAUCUUAAAGAAAGAGGCCGAUGAAGGCAAGGCAAGAAAGGGUGCCAGCUGCAGUAAAGCCUUUGUUUGGCUUGCCAGAUCCUUGGAUUUUACGGUUGCUUUGUUACAAAGAUUAGCGGAGGAUCCUGGUCAGAAAAUGGAACAAGUCGUGGAAGAAUCUUACAAAGUCACUUUAAAGCCAUGGCAUGGAUGGAUUUCAUCAGCUGCUUAUAAAGUUGCUCUUAAAUUAGUGCCUGAUAAUAAAACCUUCAUUGAUCUGCUAAAGCCGAAAGAUGAAACCUAUGACACGCUCAAAGAGGAUAUGCAAACAUUGAUCUCAUUACUUGUGCCUUUUCUAGAAGAGAUCCAAUCUAUUCUGAUAUUGUAUGGACUGGAUAGGUUGAAAUCUACUUAA